UAGCGCCCGUGUGGUCCAGAAGUCCACAAACUAGAAGAAACAGAGCCGUAAAAGACUGCGGUAUCUCUAAAUUUUAUUUGGGAUUCUGAAUUAUCCCAGGGACUACGGCAUUACAGUUUAGGGAAAAUUAAAAAGAAAGGCAAGGCACUAUGAGGGACCGGUAGAGGGCAGAGAAGAGAGAAGAAAAAACAGGAAAAUGACGCAAUAGCCAGAGCCGGGACUAUUUAGAAAGGUUCCCGCCCGCGCGCUUUCGGUUUUCAAUCUGGUCCGAUCUUCUCAUAUAUUAGAGGGACGCCACUUCCACUGCUUCACAAGCUAGUGUCUUGAGACUGCAGUCGCCAUGUCUGGUAGAGGAAAGGGUGGAAAGGGUCUAGGCAAGGGUGGUGCCAAGCGCCAUCGCAAGGUUCUUCGCGACAACAUCCAGGGCAUCACCAAGCCCGCCAUCCGCCGCCUUGCCCGACGCGGUGGUGUCAAGCGCAUCUCCGGCCUCAUCUACGAGGAGACUCGCGGUGUGCUGAAGGUGUUCCUGGAGAACGUGAUCCGGGACGCCGUCACCUACACUGAGCACGCUAAGCGCAAGACCGUCACCGCCAUGGAUGUGGUCUACGCGCUCAAGCGCCAGGGCCGCACCCUGUAUGGCUUUGGGGGCUGAACUGCACCGCCACUGCCUCGUCACCCAUCCCUAACGGCCCUUUUUAGGGCCAACCA